UGUUAUUAUUAGCAUUGCUCCAGUUCAUCUUAGAUCUGUAUCAUAAAAUAAGAGUCUGAGCUUGUCUUCAGAAUGCCCCAUAACCUCGGCUCGUCUCGUCUCAUCUCUAUCGAUGUCUAUCGGAGCUUUACUGAAGACCCUCAGCAUGACAGCCAUAUAGAUAUGAAUUCUCAAUGACAAUGAAUACGACAGCAAUUCAAUGAGCUGGCAGUCGAAAUGGCAAUGGUUGAGAUGUUAGUUGAGUGCUGACCACCAAUCAAGUGGCCUGAGCGGAUGAUUUUCUUACCGAGUUUCUUGCCGCCUCAACAAUAACAGAUCUUCUGUUUUUCUUUUAUUUCUUCUUCUCUCCUCUCCUUCACACCUCUCUGGAAUAUCAAUUCAAUUCCACCUUGAAAAUGUCCAAGUCUUCUCGUUCGCAAAACAGCGCAGGCAAGUCCUGCCGCUGCCUCUCCUUGCGCUGCCUGAGCAUCCUCGCCGUCUUCCUGGCUCUCUUCUCAGCUCUCUACUCCUAUCUCAACGCGCGUCUUGAGCAAUUCUACAUCUUCGAACCCGGUCAAUUGCAUGAUGUCUCCCAGCGCGCCAUUGCAGCUCACGGAAAUGACACUCGCUCGGUUGUCAACUACAUCGUCUCUGAGUUGGAUCAGAAGGUGCCCAGCCAGUUCGUGAAUAAGGAAGAGGAAUGGGUUUUCAACAAUGCCGGUGGUGCUAUGGGUGCCAUGUACAUUAUCCAUGCCAGUAUCACUGAAUACCUGAUCGUCUUCGGCACCGCCAUCGGCACCGAAGGUCACACCGGCCGUCACACCGCCGAUGACUACUUCAACAUCCUCCAGGGCACCCAGCUCGCCUACAUCCCCGGAUCCUACGAGCCCGAGGUCUACCCGCAGGGCACGGUGCACCACCUGCGCCGCGGCGAGGUCAAGCAGUACAAGAUGGACGAGUCGUGCUUUGCGCUUGAGUACGCCCGUGGAUGGAUCCCCCCCAUGCUGUUCUUCGGAUACGCGGACACUUUCUCGAGCACCCUUGACUUCCCGACUUUGUGGGCGACUUCGCGGAUUACCGGUCGCGAGAUGAUUAAGAACUUGUUGCAGAUGAAACUGUAAUGCGAUUGCACAGGUUUAUGAGUGGUUCUGAGUUGUUAUGUUGAGGAAUGGUUCAUUGAGAAUGUUGUCAUGUAUAUAAUGCAUUGAUGGCCUGGGUGCUAUAGUAUUUAAUAAUGUACAUAAUAGCAGAGUGAACAGACGAAUGUACAAUUGAAUGUCUUACUAUUGCUACGCUGCC